GAGCUCAUUCGAUGACACGCCGUAUUUUAAUAUUAACGUUUAGUUCAAUAUUUUAAACUAAAGAUGGCAUAAUAAGUGCGCAUAUAAAUCUACGUAUGUCAUUAAGCCGCAUACGAAAUUAACCAUACCCAGGAAGUUACCAUGAUCUUGGACUCAAGAGAUGACAAUGUACAAAAAUAAUAAAUUAAGGAAUAGUUGGUAUUGUAUCCUGAGUUACCAUUGUCGUUCUUGUGAUUUUGCGUUUACGUCAGUUAUGCUUAGUGUACGCGGAAAGUGAAUGUUUCUAUCAGGAUAAUUAAAUAAAUAAAAAACAAAACCAGUAUAAAGCAGAGUCGUUGUAUCGUGCUUCACAGUGUUAGGAUGGGACGUUUUCGAAACAGAUAAAUAAUAUUUAUACUUUGUAUCUUAACGCAAUUUAAAUAUAUUUUUAACACGUAACAUACAACUGUAUGCUUGAAAAAAAAUUGUAAACAAAAUUUUCAUAUUAUAGUUUUUGACUAUGCAAUUGUUUAAAUUGGAAAAAUGUCUGUUAAACGUCAUCUUCCUAGCAACUAUUAUAUUUUUUAAUACAUGUGAUUACGCUGCCUGCUUGGAAUCAGCAAAGAAAAUAAAGGAACUUGGCUAUCCACUGAUGACGUAUCAAGUUUGGACCGCUGACAAGUAUUUGUUGGGCCUAGAACGAAUACCACACAGUAAACACCGUAAUGAAUCUAUUGGAAAACCAGUCCUAUUAUUGCACGGUCUAUACUUGUCGUCGGCUAUAUUCACAAUAAACAACUCGUCACUUAGUUUUGUUCUAUCGGAUGCUGGUUUUGAUGUUUGGCUUUUUAACGCCAGAGGUGUUGGUCUUUCAAGAAAACUUAGCAUUUAUAAGAAGCCUGGAUUGCAGCCAAAAAUGAAUAGCAUAUCAUGGGAUUUCAGUUUUCAUGAAAUGGGUGUAUACGAUAUGACUACUGCUAUAGAUUUUAUUCUAAAAAGUACCGGACAUUCUAAAUUGGACGUGGUAGGAUACUCCCUCGGGACAACAAUAUCACUGGCAUGCCUAUCCGAUAGACCAGAAUACAAUUCUAAAAUCAACAAACUUGUACUCAUGGCUCCAACAUCCAGGCUCAAAUCAUCAGGCAUGCCCAUCAACAUUUUCAAACAAUUUUCCAAAAUCGUAAACAUUUUUUUGGAUAGGAUUAAUUUCUUUCCGUACACUAAUGAUCCAGACACUACGUAUCGAUUGAUUAGACGUAUGUGUACCAAUCAAAGCGCUUUUAAAUAUUGCAGACAAUUUAUUGAUUUCGCUCAAGGAAUCAUUUUACCGAUGAACAAUGACACUAUUUUAGAUAUCGUUUCCGAAUUUCCACAGCCAAUGUCUUCUAAGACAUUGAAACACAUGCUACAACUAUUAACAUCUGGGAGAUUUGGCCAUUACGAUUAUGGUCCUUAUGGGAACAUGUUACACUAUCACACAAAAACGGCACCGGAUUACGAUCUUUCCAAGAUUACUGCUCCUACAUAUAUUAUAUACUCCAAAAACGAUAGUCUAGUGCAUCCAAAGGAUGUGAAAUGGCUCAUAACUCAGUUACCAAAUAUUAAGGAUGUACAUUACAUUGAAAAAAUACCAUUUGGUCAUUUUAGUUUUUCAUUAAGUCCAAUUAUGAAAGAAGUCGUGAAUAUGUACAUAACAAAUAAAUUAUUAGAUAAUGAUUUAGAGUUACAAAAAUCAAAUAUAAUAUAAUAAUUUACAGUAAAAAAAAACCUUCAUUUUAAAUAAUAUUAUUAAGUUAUUUCCUCAUUUAUUUGGAUUUGUAUAAAAUGAAAAAUGUAUUAUUUGCAUUAGUUGAUCGUUGUUACCAAUGUAUGUCAUUUAAAUUAAUUAUAUUUAAUACCACCAUGACAAUAAUGUGCAUACAAUAAUUAAAGAUGUUAUAUCUUUUAAUAAGUCAUUAUUAACGCCUUUGGUAUUGUAUGUAUAUUAUAUUAUUAUCAUAUCAUUAAAAAAAUAAUAUAAUGGUAUAUUUAAUAUUUAUUUGGCAUUGAUGAUUCCUAUUUAUUUUAAUGAGUAAAAUGAGUAAUGGCUAUACGAUUAAAUA